CGGCCGCCGACAUUCGGCGGCGGAGGGUGACGUUGCUCUCUUAGGUCGCGGGAGGCCGAGGCGGCGCUUCUCCCCGCCGAAGCGAGGCGCCCAAUCGCCGGUCCUUUUUUUUCCUGCCUGUCGACGGAGCGGAAGGGUGGCGGAACCGCCGAGGGCCUCCCAAAUUGGUACCGAGGCGAUGUGUUGGCAGUGACGUGAGCGCCUGCUCGGUGUCCGCUGGAGCCAUGGCUGCACCGAACUGGUUGGAGACCGUGGCCCAGCAGGCCGAGGAGGUGUCGGCCCGGCUGCGGGACGUGUUGUCGUCCGGGGUGGGUUUGCUGCGUUCCGAGCUGGGCCUGCCGCUGCCUGCCGGUCUGGAGCCGCAGCAUCUGCCCACCUGGCUCAUCCUGCUCUCCACGUCAGUUCUGGCGCUGCUGCUGCUGCUGGGGCUCCUGAGGGCCGCGGCCUGCGCCCGUGGAGGGGAUGCGCGCAGAAAGCCUUCCAGGAGGGCGGCCGAGGUGGGGGAAGAGGACGACGACGACGAGGAGGAGGAAGAGGAGGAGGAAGAAGACGAGACGGCGGCGACCCCGGGCUUGACGGGAGGCGGCGGCCGCGGCGGCGGCGUCUCGAACAAGGGGGCUCCUGGGACUGCCACCAUGCUGCUGCUGAAGGGGGAAGAGCAGAAGAAGCGCAAUAAAAAGAAGGCAGCGGAGAAAACCGGCCGGCUUAAUGGUCAACCAGCUCAUGAUGUGUCUGAAGAAAUAAUACAGACAACACGAAAAGAGAACCUGAAGCAGACAUUGGAUAUGGAAAAGAAAACUGAAAAGUCAAAGAAAAAUAGGAAAAAAACAAAAGGAGACGCUAAAACAGCUCAGGAUCAGUCACGUGGUGAUGGAAAGGAAGCCGAUGAAGGUGCAUGGGAAACAAAAAUCAGCAACAGAGAAAAACGACAACAACGUAAACGUGACAAGGUACUGACUGAUGCUGGGUCAGAAUCAAAUUUACCAUCCAUGGAAAUCCCAGUAACAGUAUCUUCCGAACAGAUAGCAUCUGCAAUACCAUUUUCAGUUGGUCCUAGAAAAAAUAAAGGUGAUCCAGUUUUGAAUGUUCAAAUUAGCAAUUCUAAAUCUGGAAAAGGUGAUACUGCAAUCCAGCAAGGGAUGAGUGAAGGCCCCACAGUAAACGGAGGCAACUGGAAUGAAAAACCUGUUAAGAUUUCUCCUCAGAUUGGCGCAAGUGAGGAGAAAUGGACUGCAGGAUCCUCUGCAGGUAGCAAGAGGAAAACUGAGACAUCAGCCUGGGGAAAAGAUGCUGGAGAUAAUGGAAAUGGGAAGGAUUGGGGAGUAUCCCUGGUUGGCAGAACCUGGGGCGAACGUACUUUAUUCCCUGGUAUAGCUUGGUCUGGAGUGGAUGGAAGAAUUAAUACUCCUGAACAAACUUCUGCUUCAUUUACUCCCUUGGGACUAAAUCCUACAGUCUCUGGAUCCAAUAGCGAAUCUGUUUCUCAACCUAGUACUACAGAUUUUCAGUGGGAUUUAAAUCGUAACCAGGCACCUGUUGAUGACGAGUGGUCUGGAUUAAAUGGGCUUUCUUCUGCCGAUCCAACUUCUGACUGGAAUGCCCCAGCAGAGGAAUGGGGGAACUGGGUUGAAGAAGAAAACCCUCCUUCCAUUCCACAACUUGAAGAAGCAUUAUCUGAAACUCAAAAGGCAUCAGAUGAAGAGAAAGAAAAGCCUGAAGCAGCUCAACAAAAUACUGCAAGUGGCAAAUCAAAAAAGAAAAAGAAGAAAAAGAAAAAGCAGGGAGAAGAGGCUAACUCUCCUAUACAGGAUUCUGAUAAUCUGGAGAGACAUGCUGGAGAAGAAUUUCCAGAAGAUACCUCAAAAGUUCAACAAGUGGAGAUAACUUUCUCUUUAAAGACCGUCAGCACUAGUGAACAAGCUGAGCCGAAGGAGAUGCCCUCAUUUGCUGUUUCUACUGAACUGUCUGCACCUGUAUCAGAGAGUGACUCUGAAAAGAUAAUUUCCCAAGUGCCACAGAUGCUGCAGGAGGCAGAAGUUAUUUCUAAUGUUAAGCAAAACAGUGUGCCUCCACCUCAAACCAAGUCUGAAGAGAGCUGGGAAUCCCCCAAGCAAAUCAAAAAGAAGAAAAAAGCCAGAAGGGAAACGUGAAUUUUCUGAAAUGGACGUGUGUUGCAGAAACACUUGUCGUGGAGAUUAUGCUGUUUAUGCAAUAAUUUGUGAACCUGUACAGAAUUUUAUAUAACUUUCAACAGAUUUUUUUAAAAAAAACUGCUUUGAACACAACCAUCUUUAAGAAUAGGAACUGAAUGAAAAAGUUGGUGACCUAAUUUCACAGGAAAUAAUGGCAUUACUGGAAGACUCAUUGAAGAAUGUAUUUUCAAGCUAUGGAAAAAGUAAUUUUUUAAACCUUGGCUUUAAAACAGUGCCCUGUUUACAACAUAUUUCUAUUUCCUGUCCACUGGAGAAAGAGGAUUUGUCUUAAAUAUCUCUAAUCAUCUUUAAAACUGAUACAUGUCACUGAACGGUCAUGUCUAUUUUGAAUCUGUUUAAUGCCUAAAUCAAAGAACGCUAUUCAAAUUUGCCAUAUAUUUCUAAUAUUUAAUAGAAUCUGCUAACCAUGAAAUUAAUUAUAAUUACAGAGAAGCUGGUAUCACUGAAGACCUUAUUCUUGAAUAACCCCUCAGCCUGAAUAAUAAUUGACUUCAGAGUAAGUGUGCACUCAGAUUGUGUUAGAAUUAAUCAAUAAAAACAUUUUUCAGCAAAAAAGUGGAUUAAAUUAAACUUCAAAAAAUUCUGUAUCAAGAAACUCACAUACUUUAUUAGAACUACAACAUGGUUCCUAAAGUUGCUUCUAAUAGUUAAGUGCUUAGAUAAUUUUAAGUUGUUGAGACAGUAUGUUCAAGUGAGCCUCAUUUUUUUCUUAUCUAAAGUAGGAAAUUAGUUGGUGCCCUAUAACCUUCGUACCCAGUCAUUUUGAAAGCCAUGAUUCAUUUCUCUGCCACUAUAUUGCUUUGUUUCUUUCUUUUAAUUGGAUUUUUUUUAAUUCUUCAGAGAUGUGGUAGAGAAUGAAAAGAGUAAUGUUGGCUUCAAAACAGAUUUAAUUGAUGUUGAGACCACCUGUAUCAGGAAGUGCUUUUUUACUGCCUUAAUCUAUGUAGAAUCUAUCUAGAGUUCUUAAAUGGGGUUAGCGUUUUGUUUUUUGUUUUGUAUUUUUUUAAAAAAAAUCAUGCAACAACAGCAAUUGUAAAACAAACCAUCUUUCCACUUGUAAUUAUUGAUUAAAAUGGGAGACAAACCAUCUUUCCACUUGUAAUUACUGAUUAAAAUGGGAGUUGAAUUGCAUCAUUUUCCAGCACUAUAAUGACAUCACGUUAAACAGGCAGGUAUCUAUGAAUAGUGCAUGCUCAGCCAUGUACAACUGUAUAUAGCCUUUAUGAAAUGUUUGUGUGUGUUUAAAGGACCAUAAUUAACAUAACUUGGUGAACAACUAUUAAAGAAAAGCCAUGAUUAUUUGAUGUGAUUGGCUUAGUUUUUUUUUUAUGUGGCAGAAAACUUGUAACAGCUGUAACCAAUGGUACUAUUAAUUCUCCCAUCAUGUCUAAUUGUGUACAUUUGAAAAUUUUCAUAAAAUUAACUUGCAAUGCAAGAACAAUUAAAGCAACAAACUGGAUUUAGUUGUUUUGAAGACAAGCCUUAUAAAUUGAUAGUGUUCCUAAUGAAUUCUAAUGUGCACAGGUAUUAACUCCUGUUUCAGGAACAUGGCAGGUGUUUACAUGUUCAGAUGUUUGUUUAAUUCAGUGACAUUUCUACAUCAAUUUUGUUAAAAUAAAUUGAGCAAAUUGAUA